GGUGAAGGAUGCAACCGGACAGCAUGGGCAGGGCUGGAGGGACAGGAUGCACAUGGUGACAGAGGGACCCUCCUGAACAUCAGUGUGAGUGACCACGGCCGGUCAGACUCUCUCCUUCUGUCCUGGGAUGAGCCAGAGGGAGGUGCCAAAGGAUAUUCGCUCUCCCUCUCCUCCCUGGGGUCAGGCACACCACUGCAGAACAGGACUGCUGGACCCAAUACCACCAGCUUUUGGUUCCAUGGGCUGACCCCUGGCACACGCUACGAGAUCAAGGUGACAGCCACGCUGGCCUGCGCGGAGACCACCAGCCAGACUGUCACAGCACAGACAACGGCGGCGGGGGCGAAGCCACUGCGCGCGGCCUGGGCGCACAGCCACGGCCAGCGCGAUGGUUACCGCCUGGCCCUGUACCACAGUGACUCUCAGGUGCUGGUGAGGAACGUGUCCAUCCUGCCCAGUGCCUCCACCUUCCUGUUCGACGGGCUGUUGGCUGGCAGCGAGUAUGCCUUGAAGGUCAGCACCCUGGCUGGGUCCAGCCAGGCCAGCACCAGUAUCCACCAGUGGACAGCUCCCUCCAUCCCCUCCCAGCUGAGGCUCAGCCCAGUCUCCAGCACCAGCCUCCUUGCCUCCUGGACAGGGGCUGCAGGGGCUGCCUGGCUGCACCUGGAGCUCCGCAACCUCCUCACCCAGACUGUCACCACGACCCUGUCAGCCAGGAGGGGCCUCACCAGCUACACCUUCCAGCAUCUCCAGCCUGGCACCCAGUACUGGCUGGGGCUGAAUGCCACAGCAGGGUCCUACACCAUAGCAGGGCCCAAUGCCACUGCCUGGACAUACCCCCUGAGCCCUGGCAAUGUGACCCUGAGCAGUGCAGAGGAGCAGAGCUCCUUGCAGGCUCGCUGGAGCAUCCCAGGGGGAUGGAGGGACUUCCACCUGGUGACACUGCAGGAGGGAGAGGAUGGUGCUCCGACAAGGAACAUCUCUGUCAGCGGUGACAGCAGUCACAUCACCUUCCACGGGCUGAGCCCUGGGAAGCAGUACUCUGUCCAGGUGAUGGUGGUGGCAGGGCCAUACCGGGCAGCAGCCCACAGCACAGCAGCCUGGACAGAGCCACUGGCACCAUCUGGUGUGAGCCUGUCCAGCCAGGGCAGCCCACACAGCCUACUGGCCAGCUGGGAGGAGGCGACAGGUGAGGGCUACCUGCUGGCCCUCAGCCCCAUGGAGCACCCCAUGAAGAACAGCUCACUGCUCAAGGGUGUCACCAGCUUCACCUAUGAGGGCCUCCACCCUGGGACCCUCUACACCCUCGAGGUCAGCACUGUGGCUGGUCCCUACACAUCCUCACCCCGGUGCAUUUCCAACUGGACAUACCCUUUGCCCCUGGAGCAGUUGACUCUCAGCAAUGGUGGCCACAGCACCUCUCUGCAAGCCUCCUGGAGAGCAGCGUCCUCUGGAAGCACUGGCUACACAGGGACCCUCUGGGAAACCAAGUCCCAGAAGCAGAUCAGGAAUGUGACUGUGGGGAACAACUGGAUGAAUGUCACCUUGGAGGACCUUGUCCCUGGGCGACAGUAUACACUGGAGAUGUCUGCUAUGGCUGGACCUUACAGAUCUCGUGGGCAAUCUGCCACAGACUGGACAUACCCCCUGGCUCCAGCCAGCGUGACACUGACCAACACUCGGCGCCCGCUGGGGCUCUCUGCCUUCUGGGACAAGGCUGCUGGUGAUGUGGACCAGUUCCACCUCCAGCUCUAUAGCAAGAGCCAUGCAGCGCAGAGGAACAUCUCAGUGGGGCCAACCACCCACAACUUCACAUUCCUGGGGCUGUCCCCUGGCACUCAGUACUUCCUGAAGGUGACUGUUCUCGCUGGCCCAUACAGAUCCUCGUCACACUUUGCCACCGAAUGGACAUAUCCACUGUCUCUGGCCAAUGUGAGUGUCCAACCUGGCCGCACACCCCAGGAGCUGCAUGUGAGCUGGGUGGAGUCCGGCGGUGGCAGAGACCACUUGGUGCAGCUCUCAGUGGCUGAGUCCCUGUCCAUCAUCAGGAAUGUGUCUGUGCCCCGUGGAGUCACCCAGCUCGACCUGGAGGGGCUGGUGCCAGGGUCUCGGUACCGUGUGGAGAUCAUUUCUCAGGCUGGACCUCAUCGCAUCUCCUCUCAGACUGCCAUCGGCUACACUGUGCCACUGCCUCCUCGUUCCCUGUCUGCCAGCCCUGUCAGCACUGCUUGGGCUCUGGCUGUGCACUGGGAGACCGCUCCUGGGCAGAGGGAUGGAUACCUGCUCAACAUCCUUGAAGAGGGCUCUUCUGCACCAGUAAGGAACUUGGAAACAGGGAAGGACAGCACCAAUAUCACUGUGACACAGCUGGAACCAGGAACAUGCUACCUUCUUGGGAUCUGGGCAGUGGCUGGACCCUACCGCUCCCUCCCCAAGAAUGUCACCGGCUGCACAGUUCCUGCUGCACCAAUGAACCUGAGCCUUGCCAACCCAGGCAGCUCCUCAGAGCUUUUCACAUCCUGGAACAAGCCACCCGGCAGGAGGGACCACUACCGCAUUACUCUGUAUAGCUUCAGCACCCAGAGCAAGGUUCAGGUCCAGACCUUGAGUCCAGAUGCCCAGAACACCACCUGGAGUCACCUGGUGGCAGGCAGCAGGUUUGCUGUGCAGGUCACUGCUGUGAAAGGCUCGUUAGAAGCCUCAUCUGCAAACGUCACCCAAUGGACAUAUCCCUUGGCACCUGUCAACCUCACCCUGGUCAGCCCCUUGGCCUCAGCACUGAGAGCCUCCUGGGCAGCAGUAGGGCAAAGGUCCGAAGGCUUCGUGGUGGACGUCUAUGAGACAGCCUCUGGCACUCGUGUUGGGCACGUGGGGCUGGACAAUGCUGCCAGGAGUCACAUCUUCAGGAGCCUGAGCCCUGGCACCCACUACAGUGUGGCCGUGAGGGCCAUAGCUGGACCCUUCCACAACAGCACCGCCAACCUCACCCACUGCACACGCCCACUGCCCCCGGCCACUGUGCGCUUGCUGAGCACUGGGCACCCCGACAGGCUGAGCGCGUCCUGGGGGGCCACGUCCGGAGGCAGAGACGGAUACACGCUGACCCUGUACCAUGCCUGGCUGGGCACCGUGGCAGCUACAGCCUCACUUGGAAGAGACACCCACAAUUUCACCUUCACGGGACUGGCCCCAGGACACGAGUACUCCCUGGAAGCCAGUGCCAUCACCGGACCGUACCAGGCAGCAGCACCCAACACGAGUGGCUGGACACGUCCGCUGCCCCCAGCCACUGUGCGUUUGCUGAGCACGGGGCACCCCGACAGGCUGAGUGCAUCCUGGGGGGCUGCAGCUGGGGGCAGAGACGGAUACACAUUGACCCUGUACCACGCCCAGCUGGGCACCGUGGCAGCUACAGCCUCACUUGGGAGAGACACCCACAACUUCACCUUCAUGGGACUGGCCCCAGGAAGCAAAUACAUGCUGGAGGUGGCAUCCGUGGCUGGCUCCUUCCAGACACCUGCAAGGAAUGUCAGUAACUGGACGUACCCCUUGGCACCCCGUAAUGUGUACAUGACGAACCAGGGGUAUCCCAACAGGCUGAGUGUGUCCUGGCGAGCUGAACCCCAAGGACAAGAUGGUUACAGGCUCCUCCUGUAUCAUUCGGGAUCAGGUAUCGUGGCAGCCAAUGUUUCUGUUGGGAAAGGCACCAGCAAAUUCACUUUUUCUGGCCUGGCUCCAGGACACAAAUACCUGCUGGAAGUGGGGUCUGUGGCAGGGCCCUACUCAGCCUCCGCGCAGAACAUCAGUGACUGGACAACUCCCUCAGUGCCCCAGAAUCUCUCGGUGGUGGCUGAAGGGAACAACACCAUGCUCAUCUCCUGGGACAGUAUCUCUGGACAGCAGGAUGACUGCCAGCUGUGGCUGCGGGAUCCCCGGAACAGCUCACAGCCCUGGCGGCAUGCCCUGGGCAGAGGGCAAGUCCAGCACCUCCUCCACGGGCUGGUCCCAGGCAGGAACUACUCUGUCUCCUUGAGCUGCGUGGCUGGGCCCUACUGGAGCAGCACCAAGCCCUUGGCAGUGCCGAUGGAUGUGCAAGCCUAUGAAGUGGUGACAGAGAGACUCUCUGAUGGACCUCCCACCUCCAAGUAUGUCAUGAGCAUCUCUGUGAGCGAGGCCAGUCUAGAGGGGUUGGAGCCAAACUCUUCCUACCAAAUUGUUGUGAGCACCGUGGGCAUGAACACGCUGAAGAGCCAAGCUGUGACUCUGCUCUGCAGCACAGCAGUGGAGGCCCUGCCCCCACCCCUGAGGGCAGACACCUUCCAGGUGGAGGCCAGUUCCACAGUUAUCAUUCCAUCUGACCUGUUCAGCGAGGAGAACGGCCAUAUCGAGUAUUACGGUGUCAUUGCUACCACUAAUGACUCACUGCUGAGGCCCACCCAGGAGAUCAUGUCCAGCACAUGGUAUGACCACUAUUAUGGGACAGAGGACUCCUACCUGGCAGUGCUCAUACCCAACCCCUUCCACCCAAGCCCCAGGAGCUCCCCCGAAACCUGGCGAGUGCCAGUGGGAACAGAGGAGUGUGGCCAGUCCAGGGCAACGUGCAAUGGGAAGCUGAAAGACAAUGAACAGUACAGAUUCAGCAUUGCUGCCUUCACCAAAUACGACCCAGUAGCCCCUGCAGUGACAUUCACCCUGUUCUCAGCUGCUGGAUCUGGUGCAGACACAACUCCACUCUCAAUGCCAAUAAUCACUGGAAUCAUUGUGGGAUUUCUCUUGACACUUGCAGCUAUUUUUGCUUUGGUUUACUGGAAACAGCUCAGAGCAAAGAGGACUAAGAAGAGCAGCCUGCCCCAGGAAAUGGUGACCUACAGCUUGAGAAAUGUCCACCGGCCAGUUCCGCUGCAGAACUUCAAGCAGUACUAUGAGAUCAAGACAGCAAGUGCUAACCAUGCUUUUUUCCAGGAGUUUGAGGAGCUGAAGGAAGUUGGGAAGGAGCAGUCGAAGGUGGAGGCUGAACUGCCAGCAAAUGUCUCCAAGAACAGAUAUCCCCAUGUGCUGCCCUAUGAUCACUCUCGGGUCAAGCUGAGCCAGCUUGGGGAGGAUCCGUACUCAGACUACAUCAAUGCCAACUUCAUGCCUGGCUACACAUCGCAGCAGGAGUUCAUUGCCACCCAGGGACCCCUGAAGAAAACCAUAGAGGACUUCUGGAGGCUGGUGUGGGAGCAGAACAUCUGCAACAUCAUCAUGCUGACAGUGUGCAUGGAGAAUGGGCGAGUCCUCUGUGAUCAUUACUGGCCAUCGGAAUCUGCCCCAGUGUCCUACGGGCAGGUGCAGGUCCAUCUGCUGACACAGAGCAGCUCUGAGGAGUGGACCAUACGUGAGUUCAAGCUGUGGCACGGGCUCCAGGCAGAGCGCUAUGUGUCCCACCUGCACUACACAGCAUGGCCUGACCAUGGGGUCCCAGAGUCCACCACCUCAAUCAUGACCUUCCGAGAGCUGGUCCGGGAGCACAUCCAGAGCACCAAGGAUGCAGGGCCGACCCUCGUGCACUGCAGUGCUGGUGUGGGCCGCACUGGCACCUUUAUUGCCCUGGACCGGUUGCUGCAGCAGAUGAAGCAGGAGAAGGUGGUGGACAUUUUUGGUGUUGUUUACGCCUUGCGGAUGAACCGGUACCUGAUGAUUCAGACGCUGUCCCAGUAUAUUUUCCUGCACAGUUGCAUCCUGGACAAGAUCUUGGAGGAACCUCUCCUGAGUUUUUCAGGGACAGAGAGGUCCUGCCCCAUCCCACUGAAGAGCUUUGCCCAGCACUAUGCCCAGAAGGCAGCCAAGUCCCACGUGGGCUUCCUGAGGGAGUAUGAGACCCUCCUGGAAGCUGUCAAGGAAGAAGCCAGCUCUGCAUCACCAUCUUCAGGCAGCCAGCAGACAAGGCCCUCUUCCAGCAUCCUCCCAUAUGAUCGCUCCAGAGUGAAGUUUUCCCUGCUGGAACAGGGCCCUUUCUCAGAACUCCUGCAGGUGUGGCAUGUCCCGGGCUGCAGCCCCAGCAGGGACUACCUGGCUGUCCAGGGCCCUGACAAACUGACCAUGGAGGACUUCUGGACCCUGGUGUGGGAACAGGAUGUUCACACCAUCCUAACACUUCUGCCGUGGCAGGAGAAGGGGGAGGAGAAGAAAGCAAAGGAGAGGCAGGUACAGCGAUUCCUGUACACGCUCUGGAGCAGCAAGAAGCAGCCUGAUGUCCAGAGCCUGGUGGAGCUGCUCACAGCUGUGAGACGAUGCACGCCGCACCGGAGGAGAACUGGUCCUCUCCUGCUGCACUGCAGCGGUGGCGUGAGCCAGAUGGGGACACUGAUCUCCCUGGAUUGUGUGUUGCACCAGAUGAAAGCUGAGAGAUUUGUGGACAUCUACGGUGUGACCUUCCAGCUGGCCAGAAGCUGCUGCCUCAUGACCCCAACUCUGGACCAGUAUGUGUUCCUGUACACCUGCAUCCAGGACAUCAUUGUUCAGAACCAGCCCUAA